AUGACCACGGCCACAUUGGCUAUUGGUACGGGUAGACAUAGACCAAGCAUUUCACCAAAUCACAGUGCGAACAGUACCACAAGCUUCACCACCGGAAAUGGUACCACGACAAGCUGGAACAGUACCACAGGUCAGGCCACUACUGGCAACUGGACAUCAGGCUCAACCACAACUGGCAACUGGACCACUGGCUCCACUGGCCCAGCCACCACCGGUAACUGGACAUCUGGCUCAACCACAACUGGUAACUGGACAUCUGGCCCAGCCACCACCGGCAACUGGACAUCUGGCUCAACCACAACUGGCAACUGGACCUCGGGUCCAUCAACCACUGGCAACUGGACCACUGGUUCCACUGGCCCAGCCACUACCGGCAACUGGACAUCUGGCUCAACCACAACUGGUAACUGGACAUCCGGCCCAGCCACUACCGGCAACUGGACAACUGGCUCAACCACCACAACUGGUAACUGGACAUCGGGUCCAUACACAACUGGCAAUUGGACCACGAGUUCAUCUACCACUGGCAACUGGACCACUGGCUCCACUGGUCCAGCCACUACCGGCAACUGGACAACUGGUUCCACAACCACAACUGGUAACUGGACAUCGGGUCCAUACACCACUGGCAAUUGGACCACGGGUUCAUCUACCACCGGUAACUGGACAACUGGCUCCACCACCACAACUGGUAACUGGACCACGGGCCCAUACACCACUGGCAACUGGACCACUGGUUCGUCUACCACUGGUAACUGGACCACCGGAUCAACUGGCAACUGGACUUCUGGUUCAUCCACUACCGGAUCUACUGGUAACUGGACUGGCUCAUCCACUACUGGCAACUCGACUUCUGGUUCAUCCACCACCGGAUCUACUGGAAACUGGACUGGUUCGUCCACUACUGGCAACUGGACAUCCGGUUCAUCAACCUCAGGAAACUGGACUUCGGGUACUACCACUUCUGGAAACUGGACAACAGGAUCUACUGGUUGGACCUCAGGAUCAACCUCUGGCAACUGGACCUCAGGAUCAUCAACCUCUGGCAACUGGAGCUCGGGAUCAUCAACUACUGGAAACUGGACCGGCUCAGGAUCAUCUGGUAACUGGACUGGUUCGUCCACCACCGGCUCUACUGGAUGGACUUCAGGAACAACAUCCGGCAACUGGACUGGUUCUGGUUCCUCCGCCACAUCUGGAAACUGGACAGGUUCAUCGACCACUUGGACUGGCACUUCCGGCAACUGGACCGGAUCAUCUACCUCGGGUUCUGGAAACUGGACCACAUCAGGCACAACUGGAAACUGGACAACUGGUUGGACCACAUCCGGCUCCACUGGUAACUGGUCAUCGAACGCCACUACCUCCGCCUCGACCGGUCAAUCAAGCUCAUCAUACACUACCACUCAACAAUCUACCACUCAACAUAGCACUUCUGCUCAGUCCACCACUGCCCAGUCUACAUCUGGCUCUGGAUACUCGACCACCGCUCAAACCACCACUGGUCACACCAUCAGCUCAUGGUCCACCACCAAGCAAUCAUCAACUUACGUAGGCAAUGACAAUGUUGAAACCCUCUGUGAGCCAAAUGACGACGACUGCAUUGCCAGAGAGGCAAAGAUGUCGCACUCAUCAUCUGCAAGCAAUGUUAGAAGCGCUGGAAUGAUUGUUGGAGGAGUGAUUGUUAUGUCUCUGCUGUGGUAA